AAGAUAACCCUCAUAAAAAUUCAAUUCAAGAUUUUUCUCAUAAUUCUCUGUGCAAAUCGUAAUUGCUACUGUAUUAUUUUUCUUUAUUUGAUCUCUGAUCGGAGCAGAUAAGCUACUGCGAUCUAGACUGCUGCAUAUGUAAUUCGAUUUGAGAAGAUUCGAAAGGGAAAGAAAAUAAACUACAAGUAUCAGAUUCAAUUUUGAUUUCGUCAAACCCUACUCAGAGUUUAUCCAAUCGUCUCGAUUUGAGCAAAUCAUACUUACGAAUUGAGCAUCAAUUCUCCUUGAUUUGGAUAACAAGUAAUUGUUAUUGUGGAUCUAAACAAAGAUGAUGACCAGACAACCUCACCAAGAUGAUCAACAAUCUAGGGUUUUCUACGAGUUAUCUGCUUUGAUUCUUAACUUACUCCGGCAUCCUCCUACGCCGAUUCAAUUCUCCGACGAGGUGUCUACGUCAACGCGGAGGCAGCCACGUCCGGCUCCUCUAUCGCAGAUAACGCCGGCGGGAUUCGCAUCUUUGUUAUUGGGGAUAUCGUUGGCUUUAAUGUUGUGUGGAUCAAUAACGUUCUUCAUAGGGUUUUUGUUGAUGCCCUGGGUUCUUGGAUUAGUUAUGUUGUUUUAUGUGGCUGGAAUUAUUUCGAGUAUUUCCAUGCUUGGUCGUGCCAUUUUCUGCCAUACUCUGUCUCCAUCUUCACCUAGAAAGAGCGUCCCUGCUUGGAAACUGUUGUGAAACAAGAGAUCCGCGCCAUGAAUGUUGUUUCUGAUUUGAGCCUCUUGAAGUAUUAAAUGCAGGAAGGAACUCUGGAUGUUUAAGAAUUAUUUAUAAAGACAUACAAUAUAGGCAUGAAGUUUUUUUUAGGUUUUCUUUUUCCGAAUUAGGGUUAUGGGUGUGCAUUCUUUACUUCAAGAAGCAUAUGGUGGUUAUGGAUGAUGUGUGUAAAACAGUAAAAGCUAAAACAUGGUGGUGGUAUUAUGGACUUGUUUCUUACUUGUACUUAUAUUGUUGAUUUUUACAAUUGAUCUAUAUUAUACUUUAUACACA